CCUCACGUUAUAUAUCUAGCUUUCUAUAAAUGCUUCUCUUUCCCUCACUUCUCUCAGUUACACACUCACCUCCCUAUCUAAUAUAAAACCCUAUCUACUCCACUCGUCCUCUAACUUAUUCUCUCUUUCUCUUUGCUCUGUUUUUCUCUCUCUCUCUCUAAACAAAGCAAAAUAUGACGGUGGUUAGAGAAUACGACCCGAGCAGAGACUUAGCCGGUGUGGAGGAUGUUGAGCGACGGUGCGAGGUUGGUCCAAGCGGCAAGCUUUCUCUCUUCACCGACCUUUUGGGUGACCCGAUUAGUAGGAUCCGACAUUCACCUUAUUUUCUUAUGUUGGUGGCCGAGAUUGGUACGGAGAAGAAGGAGAUAGUGGGCAUGAUUAGAGGUUGUAUCAAAACCGUUACAUGUGGCAAAAAACUCGAUUUAAAUCAUAAGUCCCAAAACGACACCGUUAAGCCACUUUACACUAAACUCGCCUACGUUUUGGGGCUCCGUGUCUCUCCUUCUCAUAGGAGGCAAGGCGUAGGGUUUAAGCUCGUGAAGAUGAUGGAAGCAUGGUUCAUGCAGAACGGUGCAGAAUAUUCGUAUAUAGCGACUGAAAACGAGAACAAAGCUUCGGUUAACCUCUUCACCGGAAAAUGCGGUUACACCGAGUUUCGUAAACCGUCGAUUUUGGUCAAUCCGGUUUACGCUCACAAAGUAAACGUCUCGCGUCGUGUCACAGUUAUUAAAUUGGACCCGGUCGAUGCAGAGUCGUUGUACCGACUCCGGUUCAACACAACAGAGUUUUUCCCGCGAGAUAUUGAUUCGGUGCUGAAUAACAAACUCUCUCUGGGGACAUUCGUCGCGGUGCCACGUGGCAGCUGUUACGGAUCCGGGUCUGGAUCAUGGCCCGGUUCGGCUAAGUUCCUCGAGUACCCGCUAGAGUCAUGGGCCGUGUUGAGCGUUUGGAACUGCAAAGACUCGUUCCGGUUAGAGGUUCGUGGUGCGUCGCUGUUGAGGCGUGUGGUGGCUAAAACGACCCGUGUGGUUGACAAAACGCUACCGUUUUUGAAACUCCCUUCGAUACCCUCGGUUUUUAAACCGUUUGGGCUUCAUUUUAUGUACGGGAUUGGUGGGGAAGGUCCACGUGCGGCGAAGAUGGUGAAGUCUCUGUGCGGAUACGCUCACAAUCUGGCCAAGGGAGGAGGCUGCGGCGUUUUGGCGACCGAAGUCGCCGGAGAAGAGCCGUUGCGGCGAGGGAUACCACACUGGAAAGUGUUAUCGUGCGAAGAGGAUCUUUGGUGCAUUAAACGACUUGGAGAUGACUACAGUGACGGCGCUCUUGGUGAUUGGACCAAAUCGCCACCUGGCGCUUCUGUUUUUGUGGACCCUAGGGAGUUUUAAAGUCUUUUAAAACUUAAAACGCUUGAUAAUAGUUUUUAUAACCUUCCAUGUCAUAUUAGGAGUUGAUCUCUUUAAACUCUUUUAAGAUCUCUUGUUAGGUCUUUUUAGUUUUGUUUUUGUUAGUGUUGGUGUUAAAGUAGUGGUAAGAGGCAAUAUCUCCCACUUUUGGGUUUGUGUCUUCUUGUCUUGUAAAUGGAUCUAGCUUUUUAAGAUACUGUU